AUGCGGCCGCCAUGGCUAGGAUCCUCCCCCCCCGCCGGCGCCGGCAGUCCAUUCAGCACCUCCAGCCCCAGCAACGUGAUUCUAACCACCGGAAGACACGGCGGGUCUAACGGCGGAUUUGGCGGCGGGCUGUUUAACUCCUUGUGGGCGUACGCGCGGCCCGGGCGAUGGUGGCUCGCGAUAUUAAUCAUCUGCGCGUUUCAAGGGGUCUUACUAUGGCACUGGUCGAAUACCUCCGCUAUAGUCUUCCCCGAUCAGAAAAGCGCAUCCGGCGCCGCGAUUGGCGGGAAAGGAGGGUCGCUGAACAGGCAAAGACUAGGCGAUGCUGCCGCGGCCGCCGCCGCCGCUUCUGCGUUCCGGCGGCACCUAAUCAUAGAAUCGCAGGAGCAAACUCAGGACGUCUCCAAUCUCCGGUCGCUAUCCUAUAACCCCACGACCGCGUCGCUCUCCGCAGCGGCCUUAGAGGAAUUAGUUCGCAAAGUAGCGGAAAACGUGUCGCAGCGCAUCGAGUCGCACGAGGCGGUGCUAGUUAAUCUGGGGAUUAAGUUGCUCAACAGAGAGCAGCAGCUGUCUAAGAUCGAUAAACAUUUUCUAGACGCGGCGCUGCUGAAUCGCACGCUGGUGUUCCCAUCGCACGGGCCCGGAGUGGACUAUGACUACGAGCGCCUGUUGGAUAUGGAGGCGCCCAGGCGGUGCUUUGGCAACCAGACGUUUCUUACUCUUGACGAAUACGCUGCCAUUCAGGAGGCCAAGGUGGGUACUGUAGGGUGUGCCAGGGUUGGGAGCGGUGAAAAGCCUGGCAGAGGUUUGCAGGAUGCUGCGGUGCUGGUGAGUGAGUGGCACGCUGGUGUUCCCAUCACACCGGGCCCGGAGUGUCCAGAGGAUUUCUGGACAGCAGCUGAGGUGGUGGUGAGUAGCAGGGUGGUGUUCCCAUCGCACGGGCCCGGAGUGGACUAUGAUUACGAGCGCCUGUUGGAUAUGGAGGCGCCCAGGCGGUGCUUUGGUAACCAGACGUUUCUCACUCUCGAUGAAUACGCUGCCAUCCAAGAGGCCAAGGUGGGUACUGUGCUGCUGUGGGAGGGUGUGCAAAGGUUGGGAGCAGUGGGAAGGUGUGCAGAGGUUUUCCGGACAGCAGCAGUGUCCGUAGUGAGUAGCAGGGUGGUGUUCCCAUCACACGGGCCCGGAGUGGACUAUGACUACGAGCGCCUGUUGGAUAUGGAGGCGCCCAGGCGGUGCUUUGGUAACCAGACUUUUCUGACGCUUGAUGAAUACGCCGCCAUUCAAGAGGCCAAGCGCCUGUUGGAUAUGGAGGCGCCCAGGCGGUGCUUUGGUAACCAGACUUUCCUGACGCUUGAUGAAUACGCCGCUAUCCAAGAGGCCAAGGUUGGUAGAUAUGGGGGAGUGUGCGCCAAGGUAGAGCGGUGGGAAGGCGUGCCAGGUUUGGGAGCGGUUGGACGGGCCGGAGUGGACUAUGUCUACGAGCGCCUGUUGGAUAUGGAGGCGCCCAGGCGCUGCUUUGGCAACCAGACGUUUCUCACUCUUGACGAAUACGCCGCUAUUCAAGAGGCCAAGAACCCCAAGAGGAGAAAGAGCGCACCUGUGAUGGUGGUGGACGUGUUCAUAUGCCACGUGCACCACUAUCAGACGGAGAGAGAGUGCGGUUACAUCCGACAACGGUACCAGCAGCUGCACAUCCACUUUGCUAAAACAGUCAUUCCAGAGAAGCGCACGCCAAGCCCCUGGUUCAAGUACCCCUCCAAAGAGUUCAUCUCCCUCUUUAACUACGAUGAUUCGGUCAUCGCCUUCGGGAACAUGUUCGGCGUGAGCGGGCAGGAUUUACGUUUUCACCAUGCCCGCCCGCUCGUGGUGCUGCCCGGAUGCAAAUACUACAUCAUGCCCUCACCCAUGGUUCGCCAGGCCGCUGCUGGGUUUAUCAACUCCUACAUCGGCAGCAGCACCAGCAGCAGUGAUAACAGCAAUGCAGGUGGUGAUGCUGCUGGUGGGGGUGUUCGGGCUGCUGGUGAUGGUGGUGCUGGUGGAACCGGGGGUGGUGGGUUCAUGGCAUUGCACAUGAGACGAGGCGAUUUCUACCAGCAUUGCGUCAACAUGAAGGGGCAUUCCAAGUUCGCCUGCUACCACCCGAUCCGCCAGCUGGCGGCGUGUGUGGCGCGGCGAUUGGACGAGAACCCGGGGGUGCGGGCGAUUUACCUCUCGACCAAUGGGGAUGAUGAUGAGGUGAGAAUGUUCCGGGAGUUUCUCGCGUUUGAACGGGCGAGACCGCGGAAAUACGUCGUAAAUGGGACGACGGAGGAUGGACGUGUGGGGAGUGUGGUUCGGGUGCGAGGGGGGCGCUCGGGGCUGUUUUCUUCCGAGCCUGUUCCGGUGGUUCGGAUGUCGAUUAAGAGCCUGGAGACGCAACCUUGGGCCGAGCCUCUGGUGCAGGCUGGGGCGCAUAACGACAGUGUGGUGAUUUCGUAUGUGGAGAAGGCUAUAUGUGUGAUGUCGAAUGUGUUUUUUGGUACGUACGGGUCGACCUUUACAGGGGAUAUUGUGCGGCUACGGGAUUGGCUGUACUUGAAUAGCUGUAACGAUGGGAUGAUAUGCCCAGAAACAGACCAGGCGGAGCUUAUAACGCCCUUUGAGAGCUAG